CACACCACCAUGUCGCUCCGCCUUCCUCUUCAGCAGCUUGCUCGCAGGACCAUCGCCCGUCCUGCGGCUCGCGCCAUGUCGUCCGAGGCCGUCGCGCCCCCGCAGCUCGCCAAGACCUCGCAGUUUGCGCCGUACAACUGGGAGGACCCGUUCAAGGUCGAGACGACCAUGCUCAGCGAGGAGGAGCAGUCGAUCCUUGAGAUGGCCCGCAACUACUGCCAGGAGCGCCUCGCACCUCGCGUCAACGAGGCGUACCGCAACGAGAACUUUGACCGUGAGAUCCUGUCCGAGAUGGGCGAGCUCGGUCUCCUCGGCCCGACCAUCGACGGCUACGGCUGCGCGGGCGUGUCGAGCGUCGCGUACGGCCUCGUCGCUCGCGAGGUCGAGAGGGUCGACUCGGGCUACCGCUCGGCCAUGUCGGUCCAGAGUUCGCUCGUCAUGCACCCGAUCAACGCGUUCGGCUCCGAGGAGCUCAAGGAGAAGUACCUGCCGCGCCUCGCAAAGGGCGAGCUCGUCGGCUGCUUUGGCCUCACCGAGCCCGAUUUCGGCUCUGACCCGGCGGGCAUGGCGACCGAGGCGCGCGAGGCACCUGGCGGCGGCUACCUCGUGUCGGGCGCCAAGACGUGGAUCUCGAACUCGCCCAUCGCCGACGUGUUCGUCGUGUGGGCAAAGUGCAAGUGGGACGGCAAGAUCCGCGGCUUCGUCAUGGACAAGGGCCAGAAGGGCUUGACGGCGCCGCCCAUCAAGAACAAGACGGCGCUUCGGGCCUCGAUCACCGGCUCGAUCUUCAUGGAUGACGUCGAGGUGCCCAAGAGCAACAUGCUGAACGUCGAGGGCCUCAAGGGACCGUUCUCGUGCCUCAACAACGCCCGGUUCGGCAUCAGUUUCGGCAUCCUCGGCGCCCUCGAGGAGGCGAUCAAGGUGACCCGGGAGUACUCGCUCGAGCGCAAGCAGUUCGGUAAGCCGCUGGCCGGUUUCCAGCUCGUGCAGAAGAAGCUCGCCGACGCCGCUCAGGAGUCUGCGAUCGGCCUCGUCUCGUGCGUCCAGCUCGGUCGCUUGAAGGACAGCAAGAACUGGUCGCCCGAGAUGGUGUCGAUCCUCAAGCGCAACAACUGCCAGAAGGCCCUGUACCACUCGCGCAUCCUCAUGGAGGUCUUUGGCGGCAACGCGGCGAGCGACGAGUACCCAAUCGCGCGCAUCGCUGCCAACGCGCACGUUGUUUCGACCUACGAGGGCACCUACGACAUCCACGGCCUCAUCCUCGGCAAGGCGAUCACGGGCGUCCAGGCCUUCCAGUAGAGCACCUGAAUGUUCUCGAAUGUAUCACUGCACGCACGCAUCCAUGGCCA